AUGGCCGUUCCAACUUCUUCAAUCGGCAGCACAUUUGGCGCGCUCUUUAUCGGCAUGGUCGUCGCUGCUGCGCUCUGGGGUGUUUCAUGCGUGCAGACGUGGUAUUACUUUGAUAAUUACCGGCGGGACAGCAUAUUCCUGAAGGUCGUGGUUUUCCUCACUUGGCUUAGUGAUACUGUUCAUCAAAUCUUGAUCACACAUGUUUUGUACUACUACACUAUCAGUCACUUCGGCGACACAAACGCACUCGAAGACGUCGUAUGGACUCUAUAUGUCGGCACCAUUUUUCAGUUUCUUCUUUCCGCCGAGGUCAUCUUCAACUCUAUCACGGGAUUCUUAGUACAAAGUUUCUUCGCGUAUCGUAUCUGGACAUUCCGGAAGAACGCUAUAGUCCUGUCUGUCAUCGCACUUUUCAUUUUGGGAGAAGUGGGGACCUCAGUUGCAUACGUCGUCGGUGGCGCACACCUUCCUACGUUCACCGACCUCAAGAAAUUGAAAGCGCUGUCGAUGUCUGUCAACGUGUUCGCAGCAGCAGGAGAUGUUCUCAUAUCGGUUACCAUCUGUUUCUUCCUUAACAAUGCGAAAUCGGGUUUUGCCUGGAGUAACAAUGUUAUCAAUCGUUUGCUAGUUGGUCGAUUUUACGUCAAUUCCCUGUUGGCAACGCUCAACUCGAGAAAGAGCAUGCGUACGCCGGCUUCUACCGAAGCAGAGUCGCACUCUCUUCAGGACCGCGCCCGCCGAACCUUCAGUACUCGUCUCCGCGGCAUCAUGUCGACCCAAGACAAUAACCCACACACUACUCCGCGAAUCGAGGUGCAAAUCAACACUAUUCGGGCUGACGACUACGGCAAUGACGAGGUCAGCCUGCAACAAGAUGAUGCGGGCGUGCAGAAUAAAUCCGGUGACUUUAAAUUCACAUCAAAUGAGUCCAGCGAGAAGGGCGUAUAA